UGUACUGUGUGUCUGUCCAUGGUAUUAUAUCUCAGAAGGCAGCGGCAGCAGAGAAGUGGAUAUGGAGGAUGAGGAUGGAUACACCAUUUUAAAUUUUCGUUCUAGGAAUCCAGCCUUCACCCAUGAACCUUCAGGAACAAACAAAGGUAUCACACCGCCUAAAGCUCCUGAUGUUCCCAGUGAAUCCAUCCCUUUGCCUUCCAAAUGGCGAUGCACAGCACUGAUUUUGGGGAUCCUCUGCCUGACGCUGCUGGUAACAGCAGGGAUCUUGGGUAUCCAGGUGACUCAAGCAUCACAUUUAGCAAGUGCAUCACUGAAAAAUCUCUCACAGCAGCUAGAAUUACUCCAAGCCAAAAAUGCAAACCUCUCAGAGAUUCUCCAGCAGCUGACACAUGACAGAGGCCACAAAUGCAACCUUUGCCCAGAGAAUUGGUUCUGGUAUGGACAAGUCUGUUACCACCUGUCUACUGAAUGGAAAACAUGGCAAGGAAGUAGAGAUUAUUGUUCUUCUCAUGAUUCCAGACUUCUUAAAAUAGAAAACAAGGAAGAACUGGAUUUCAUAGUAUCAUUGUCAUGUCGCUUGUGGAUUGGAUUAUCCCGUAAUGCAGUGAACAGGACCUGGGUGUGGGACGAUGGUGCAGCACUUCCCACUGACUUGUUUCAAGUCAGUGAAAUUUACUAUGAAGGGGACUGUGUGGUUUUGGAAGAUGGCAAAGCCCAAUCCUAUGGAUGCAUAUAUCAUAAUCGUUGUGUUUGUAAGAAAAAAAGUGCUUAGUUGGAAUCUGUUUAACCAGCACAAGAAGAAACCUAGAAAUGAUGGAAUCAUACUCUAGAAAGUCCUUUGCAGAAAGAGAAAUCUUGGAAUAAUCAAUGUCCCUAGAUUUUGAUUGAGACACUAAUUUACACCAGCUGAGGAUCUUGCCCUAGGUUUACUAUUAAUAUAAUUUACCUUUAUUUCUUCCUUCUUUCCUUUGGUCACAGAAAACUGUUGUGAGUUUGUUAUGGAAGGAAACAGGACUUGGCCAUUCAAAGUGGGGAGCAGUUUAUGGGGAUAAACUUCACCCAUUUGGAACAUUCACCAGCCAGUGAGGGUGGUUAGUUCAAGUGACUGAGGAAUCUUAAUGAGAGCAAAUGUGUCAAGUGGUUAGAGCAAUGGAAAGGGUUCAAUUCUCUGCUCUGCCACUCUCUCAUGGCCUUAGGAAAAUUAUUUAAUUCUGUGCUUCAUCUUCAAAAUGGGGAUACAUUAUAUUAAUGCUAAAUGCUGUAGAAACAUACCACAGAAAGUGACCUGCUGGCUCAAAAGGAGUAAAGGUCAUUUUGUUGUCCCGAGGAUCCGGCUAAGGUUGGAUUUCCCCUUCAGGGAAUAGGAAAACCUAUAAUGUGGGGUCUCCUUUUAGAGAGGAGGAAGUGGUUAAGGAGCUCCUGUCUGGAACAAUUCUUGUCACCCCAUCAGGUAGUGUGGUUGAUGCUCCUAAAUGAAGAUAGGUCACAGCUGGUUUGCCUCACCAAGUGGAAAGAUUGAUUUAACUCAUGUGACUAAACCUGGCUUUUGGAUAGUCAAAGUGGGAUAAUGAAGUUUCCUGCAGUGAUCCCUGAGGAAGGGGGUUGGGGCUUGGUAGAAAGGCCCAACUGGUAGUCUUGUUUUUCUUUCUGGAAGAAGGCAGGCCAGGCCAUGCAUCUUCUUCAGCAGCUCAGAGGAAGGGAGAGUAUCUCAGGGAAAGGGGGUUGUGUCCAUCUUAAGGCUGGGUGGUAGACUUUUUGGGUUUAUUUGGAAUUUUAUGUUAAUAAAACCAGACCCCAGG